AUGAUAUCCUGGGGAGAUUUGUACAACGUCUUGACAGCGGUGAUUCCGCUGUAUGUGGCCAUGAUCUUAGCGUACGGCUCGGUUCGCUGGUGGAAGAUAUUCUCGCCGGACCAAUGCUCCGGCAUAAACCGCUUCGUCGCGAUCUUCGCGGUUCCGCUUCUUUCCUUCCAUUUCAUCUCCACCAACAACCCUUACGCGAUGAACUUCCGCUUCAUCGCCGCCGACACGCUCCAGAAAAUUAUCAUGCUGUUUGCGUUGGCAAUCUGGACCAACUUCACCGCCAACGGGAGCUUGGAGUGGAUGAUUACUAUUUUCUCUCUCUCCACAUUGCCCAACACGCUUGUGAUGGGAAUUCCACUUCUCAUCGCCAUGUACGGCAAAUAUUCGGGUAGUCUCAUGGUCCAGGUGGUGGUGCUCCAGUGCAUCAUCUGGUACACGCUCCUCCUCUUCCUCUUCGAGUACCGCGGUGCCAAGCUCUUGAUCAUGGAACAGUUCCCCGAAACCGCUGCUUCCAUAGUUUCCUUCAAGGUCGACUCCGAUGUCGUUUCGCUCGAUGGAAGGGAUUUCCUCGAAACCGAUGCUGAAGUCGGUGACGACGGGAAGCUCCACGUGACCGUCAGGAAGUCCAAUGCUUCUAGAAGGUCCUUCAUGAUGACCCCUCGCCCGUCUAACCUCACCGGCGCCGAGAUUUACAGUCUCAGCUCCUCCCGUAACCCCACGCCACGUGGCUCAAACUUCAACCACGCGGAUUUCUACUCCAUGAUGGGGUACGCGCCUAGGCAUUCUAACUUCGGCGCUGCGGAUUUGUACUCCGUGCAGUCCACGUCACGUGGGGUCACGCCGAGGCCCUCCAAUUUCGAGGAGAACUCUGCACCCGCGCCGCAGGCUAUCAGCUCCCCCAGGUUCGGGUUCUACCCCGCCGUGCAGACCGCCCCCGCCGCCUACCCUGCUCCGAACCCGGAAUUCUCUUCAGGGUUAACCAAGAGUGUUAGCAAGAAUUCGCAGACGCAGUCACAGUCACAGCCUCAGCCUCAGCCUCAGCCUCAGUCUCAGCCGCAGGUUCAAGCUCAAGCUGCUCCUCAAGUUGCUCAACCACCCAACAGUGGUAACAAAGCCAGCCACGACGCUAAGGAGCUCCACAUGUUCGUGUGGAGCUCCAGCGCUUCGCCGGUUUCUGAAGCCGGAGGCCUUCAUGUGUUCACUGGAGCCGAUUUCGGAGCUUCCGACCAAUCGGGCCGCUCCGACCAAGGUGCCAAGGAGAUUAGGAUGUUGGUAGCGGACGACCACCCUCAAAAUGGAGAAGCCAACAAAGCUGCAGCAGAAGGAGAAUUUGGGGUUGAAGAUUUGAAAUUUCCAGGGAAAGAAGGGGAACACGCGGAUGAAGAGGGAGAGAAAGCGGGAGCCACUGGGCUUAACAAGCUGGGUUCCAGUUCAACGGCGGAGCUACACCCAAAAUCGGGCGGAGCCGCCGCGGGGAAACACUUGCCUCCUGCGAGUGUGAUGACCCGUCUCAUACUGAUUAUGGUGUGGCGUAAGCUUAUCCGCAAUCCCAACACUUACUCCAGCCUCAUUGGUGUCAUUUGGUCGCUAGUGGCGUUUAGGUGGCAUGUGCACAUGCCCAAAAUAAUAGAGCAAUCAAUCUCCAUACUCUCUGAUGCUGGUCUUGGAAUGGCUAUGUUCAGCUUGGGUCUCUUCAUGGCUCUUCAACCCAAGAUAAUUGCGUGUGGGAACUCGGUUGCAACAUUUGCCAUGGCUGUUCGGUUCCUCACAGGUCCCGCUGUCAUGGCUGCAGCUUCUAUCGCUGUUGGCCUACGUGGCACCCUCUUACGUGUAGCUAUUGUUCAGGCUGCACUUCCACAAGGGAUUGUUCCAUUUGUAUUUGCAAAAGAAUACAACGUCCACCCAGCCAUUCUUAGCACAGGGGUUAUAUUUGGGAUGUUGAUAGCUCUACCAAUUACUCUAGUCUACUACAUAUUACUUGUGGAUUAUGCUGUUAUUAACAAGGAUGUGGAUCUUCUGAGUGGAGAGCAAAACCCACAAACUAAACUAGUAUCCUUAAAGCAGAGGAGAUCCUCGAGAUUUUCAAGAGCAGAGAGAGAGAGAGAGAGAGGAGCAAGUACAGCUUAUGGGAGACAGAGCAUAGGAAAACAGGAGAAAGCUCGCAUGAGCAGAGUCAAGGAAAUCUAG